AUUGAAUAGGGUUAAAUAAGUCUAGUUUUGAAUUUAUUUUGCUUUAUGAUCAUUUUUAUCAUUUACCAGUCAGCUAUUUCAGGUUAACUGUCUAUAAGUUUUUUUUAUCACAAAUAUUUAUGUGGUUUACUUGCGAAGGUUUAUUUUAAUCACAUGCGUCAUCUGUAAAGAGUACUCACCAGACCACAGACAUUUAUGUCAACAUUCUUUGAUCUCUUUAAUAAAAGCCGUAUUCUAUUUGUCUGCUUGCACGCGAGAAAAAAAGUCGUGUUGCGGAAACACGAAAUGCGAACAGUAUAAUAACUAUUAAAUAGUAUUAUUGUAGUUUUAUUUAUUUUUCGAAUUUUUAUUAGACACCUUUUGAAUUUUCAUCAAAUUUUGUGUUGGACGUGAUAAAAAAGGGAAAGUGAACAGAGAUGUCUGCUUUUUGUCGAUAACAGCGCUGGUUAAUUAAUCAAGUUUUAAAUGUAGGUAAUCCCCAGUUACCUAGGGUGGAGCAGCUGAUGCCAGUUGCGUCUAAAAGAUUUCCCUUUUUUAGCCUCACACUCAAAAGUGCAAUGCAAUGGCUUCGCUAAUUUUAUAACGGAUUGACGGCAGUCUAAAAGGCUUUAACGUCUUGACGUAACGUCGAUAAAGUUAACAAAUUAUACAUAACGGUUUUAGCGGCUUCAAAAGAAAAUGAAAACAACCCAUUCUUCUUAUACACUGUCACCAUAUUAUGAUAAAGGAUUAAAUAAGUAAAUUAGUUCUCUCGAAGUGUGCUUAUUACUACAAACUAGUCGUUAUCCCGUGAAAAAAUUCACAAGAAUUCAUCUGCCAGGAAUAUCCACGAAAAUAUUCCCGUCACCAUUUGCAGCUACCAUUUGACACAGUGAGUAUCCUAAUAUAGACUAGUCGUUAACCCAUAAAAAACACACGAGGUGUCCCGUCUUUAAGUUACACGUUACUUUGUGUGCCCGUAACACGAUAUGUUUUUUGCGACAUGCACGCAGAAUAUGGCUGUUGUUAAUUACACUUGUUGGCAUUCCGUGGAAAAAUCCAAGAACCACCGGCGAUUCAAUAUAACACCAAAUAUAUUAAUCAUGUAUUUAAAGAUGUUAUCUAGAUAAGAAGAUUAAAUUGGCUGGGGCACUUGGAAAGAAUGGAGGAGGAUAAUUGGGUAAGAAAGUGUAGAGACUUGAUAGUUCCUGGGGCAAAGCCCAGAGGCAGACCGAGAAAGACUUGGCAGGAGGUUAUAAGGACAGACUUGAUAGAGAGGAAGUUGAGUUUAGAUCUAACACAGUCUAGAUCAGAUUGGAAGAGGGUCAUUAAUAUACCCCGUCCAACCCAUGCUAGCAUGGAAAACAGACGUUAAGCCGAGAAUGAUGAUGAUAAUGAUUAUGAUGCCAUAAUAAUAGAAUUUUAUGACAAACUGUAUCGAAUGCUGUGCUGAGAUCAAUAAGGUUUGAAAUAUUUCUUGACUUAACUGAAUGAUUGCAUGAUCAGUUGACUGGCCUGCUUGAUAGCCAAAUGUCUUAUUAUACUCGCACUAUGUCGGAAUUUAAGUUUAUGUAUAUUUUUAAAAGCCUUGGGCUGUUUUCCUUACUGAUAGCGUUGCGUAAAUAGACUGUGGUAACACAUGGGUGUUAAAGCACAAGCUGGAGUGUUUCCAUUCAGACUGAAGAAGUAAAGAGGGGUAGAGUGGAGCAAAAUUCGAAAACGUACUUCAAAUUCCAAUCUUAUCUUUUGUUUUUUCAAACCAAUCAAAAAUCAGUUAUACAAAACUUUAACCCGCAAAAUUAUAUCUUAAAAACAAAUUAGGACCUGUGAAGUCUUAAAUUGUAAAGAAUUCGUUAAAUAGUCUCCCUUUCUCUAAUAUUAUUGUAAGAGAAAGUAAAAAAAUGUGAUCUCACAUUUCAGAUCUCACAAACAAAUAAAGCAAUACGGUAAAAUUAAAAAUAGCCAUUUUGCAAAUUGUUUAUCGGUGUAUUACAACCUAUAUACUGAAUAACUAAGUGAGUAGUAUUAAAACUAUGAUUUUUUUCGUAGAAACAACGAACAAACGCACUAAUAAACAUUAUAUGUAGAAACAGAAGAAACGUUCUGUUAAGAGCAUUUUUGAAGAAAGAACGUCAACGCGGAUAUUAUAGUCAUGGCAACGGCAGUACCUCCAACAGGAUCUUCUCACCAUGCAUUGAUUGCAAACAAUGAAUAUCAAAUUAAAUUGGUCACGCUUCUCAAUGAAUGUUGUGACCACUUACGUGAAAUUUUACAUGAUCCUGCCCGUGGCAACAUGCCAAGGGAUAAGAAACAAUUAUAUCUGUCAUUAAAACAAUAUAAGAAACAUUUAAACCAUUUGAAAAGAGAUCAGCUGGAAAUCGUUUUUCCACAAGAUAAGGAAACAGAUUCGGGAUUGUUUGACAUCACUAUUUUAUGUGACGUUCUAAUUAAUUGUUGUCACGGUAUACAAGCACCAAUUGGUGGAUGGAGGACCAGAACACCGCAACCAAAUGAUUUCAGUGUCGGUGCUGACAUCAUUCGAAUCAGAAAUGAGCGAAAUAUUGUUAUGCAUGGAAGAGCAAUGACUUCAGCACAAUAUAAUCGGUUGUGGAACGCCAUAGAAGGUAUAUUAAGAAGACUCGGAUAUGACAUAACGAAAAUUAGAGAUUUGAAGUCUGGUUGUUUAAAAGACUUGGACUUAUUUAAGAUUGAAAUUAUGAAAGCAGUUACUGAAAUUUUAAAUUUCAAUGUUAACAAAAACCAAGACAAUAUAAAACAAAAUCAAGAUGACAUCAAAGCAAAUAAAGACAGUAUUCAUCAAAACGAAGAUGGUAUUAAACAAAAUCAAGAUGACAUCGAAGCAAAUAAAGACAGUAUUCAGCGAAACGAAGAUGGUAUUAAACAAAAUCAAGAUGACAUCAAAGCAAAUAAAGACAAUAUUCAGCAAAACGAAGAUGGUAUUAAACAAAAUCAAGAUGACAUCAAAGCAAAUAAAGACAGUAUUCAUCAAAACGAAGAUGGUAUUAAACAAAAUCAAGAUGACAUCAAAGCAAAUAAAGACAGUAUUCAGCAAAACGAAGAUGGUAUUACACAAUAUCAAGAUGACAUCAAAGCAAAUAAAGACAAUAUUCAUCAAAACGAAGAUGGUAUUAAACAAAAUCAAGAUGACAUCAAAGCAAAUAAAGACAAUAUUCAUCAAAACGAAGAUGGUAUUAAACAAAAUCAAGAUGACAUCAAAGCAAAUAAAGACAAUAUUCAGCAAAACAAAGAUGGUAUUAAAGAGAAUAAAGAGAAUUAUAAGCGAUUAGCAGCCGAAGUGGAAAUAGUAAAGCAAACUAAUUCUUCAUCAUCAUGUGAUCAGAAGAGUUCUCAGUUGGAAGAAACUAUAAAAGAACAACCCAGUUAUAUACUAUUAAAAAAUUUCCGAGGAGAUUUUCUAAUACAAUUUGAGGAUGGCUGCUCCCACUGGUCUAUGAAAAGUGUACAAGUCAUCAUUACUGAAAAUUUUGCGAUACAAUCAAAAGAACUUCAUGUCGACAACGAUUACAUUGUGGAAGAAGAAGAAGGGAAACUAAUCCUGAUUAUUUACAAUCACAUUGCCGAAUCUAUUAAUGGGUUAUCAGUUACGUUAGUUGACAGUGAAAGUAAAACUCAUUUGAUUCCAAUUAAAAAUAUUGCACUGGUCCGAGCACAUAUGUGUACAACCAGCUAUUUUGAUGUUAGAACCCACAACAGUGGAAGAAUAUCUGAACAUAUAAAAUGCAUUGUAAAAGCAAAAAUAGAAGAAGAAGAUAUUGAAUUUAUAUGUGGAGGUAGUCUACAAACAAUGGAGCCUAAGGAGUACGAAGCACUUGGAAAGGAAUACAUCCAACGUUAUUUCACCGUGAAUGAAGAAUGCAUGGAAGAACCACUCCAAAUUCCACCCCCAAUGCCAAAAGUCACACAUUCCUUAUUUGCACAAAAGAUAAAGUAUGUUAUAAUCGAAUUACAACCUCGUUUGUUUACAAUAUUUACUCAUUAUAACACAAAGGAACAUAUUCGAUUUCUAAAACUGGAUAAAGAAUUUUCUUUGAGUUUGGAAAGCACAAUUACUGAUAACAAAAGAAUUCUACUUGUGUUGCCAAAUUAUAUCGUCAACAUUAGAUACACAGAAACAACCGACGCAGUAAGAAUACAAGAUGAAGUCAAAGCGGGCGAAGAAGACUUGAAGGAGCUAUCUAUCAUCACUAAAAAAUAUCUUAAAAAUGGUCACCUGACAAUGGUUAAUGUUGUAGCUGCACCACAUUUCAAAGAUAUCGAAAAUAUCCACCUUUGUGUAGACUGCAACUUACUCUCCAAAAAAACUUUGGCUGAGGAUAGAAGUAUGACGAAGUUCUUUUCAAAUAUUUUGCAAAGCUCACAAGUACAAAAUAAUGUUCAGGACAACAAGGAACGGUAUAUCAACAUGGUUGGUAAAGUCAUGUGUUUUAUGGCUACAAGAAAAGCACUCUAUUCUGUUCCUUCACUCAGUAAAAACGUCCACGAACAAAUAAGCUCGUUAAUACUUUCUCCACAGCAACUCCGUCAUUUAUACAACAACUCUUUAAAAAAAAUUAUAAUCGGUCCUCUAGGCAGUGGUAAGACAGUGCUAGCUUUAGCACAUUUGGAAAUAGCUUACGAGCGCUCUGAGAAUAGAUCAGUCAUAUACUACGUUAUUUGGGACGGCAACACAUUGCUUAAACGGGAUAUUGUCAAUCAUACUAAAAGAUUUAAUUUCAAAGCCGCUGUCGAAGUUGUUGUAAAGGAUAAUGUCGAGUUAGCUAAGGAUUUGAAAAUGAAUGAAGUGCCAACACCAUACCAGUUAUUAGAGUCAUUGGUUAAGAAACAUGUUGACCAAAACCUGCAUCUAAUAAUUGAUGAAUUAAAUGGAGAGUUAUUUAACAAGGAAGAAUCAUCUUUGCUUAAACACUAUCUGGAAACUGAAGACAAAUUAAAUAACUCUUUCAUCAUCUUUUUCCCACAAUCCAUUGAGAAACAUAGAACAUUAAUUUCACACCAAAGAGUCACAAUACAUGACAAGUACAAGUAUGAAGAAACAGGAAUGAAAGUUUUAAAACUGAACAGAGCAAUGAGAACAACACGGAUAAUCUUUCAGUUUUUAAAGGCUUUUGAAAAUGAAGUAGAACAAAACAAGGUAACAAUGAAGCUUCCCGAUCAGCAAUCAAAAGAAGGAUUGUCCACCAAACAACCACAACAGCAGCAAGAGCCACAACGGCGACAACAACAACAACAGCAGCAGCGACAGCAGCAACCACCACCACCACCGCAACAACAAGGACAAACUACCAGUAGCAAUGUCACGCCGAUAAUAAAAGGAGAAGAAGAAAGUUUUGAAACACCGGUUGAUAUUGAUGUCGUUGCAGCUUCAAUACAAGAUGGGGAUCUUUCGGGUAAUGUUAGAAUUGACAUUUCAUUAAAAUUUAAUACAGCGUAUUCAAUCGGUCAUAAUAUCGAAGGAACAAAACCGUUAUUGAUACAUCCGGCAAAUACUCCAACAACAGACAAAGAGUUUAUACCGAUGUUAGCGCUUGUUUUACAAGAUGUAUGUUUACAUCAUGCCACUAAACGUUUGUUCAUAUAUAACACAUUCCCUCAAAAGGAUAUUUUUUACAGAUUACUAAAACUGUUAAAAAUUGAUUUUCUUCACUACGACAAGUACACUGACUGGAAAGUUUUAAAUUGUGAUGAUAUCAUAGUUAAAAAUCCCUUGCAGAGCCAAAAUUAUAACCUGCUCACUACUAUCGAGGGAAGUCGUGGAGUUGAAGCAGCCGAAUGCAUCUGUAUAAUUGAAAGCAAUGAUUGCAAGUUAAAACAUUUGACAUUAGAAGCAAUGUCCAGAGCGACACAAAAUCUAGUCCUUGUUUCAACGUCCAACGUUUACCAAUCAGGUACAGUAAAAUCAUCAACUGGUCAUAUCAUCAGUAAACUGUUAACUGAACAUCUGGUUGAAUACAAUCUAGAAGUCUCAAACGAUGAAGAUACGGAAAUACCGUUCAAAAAGUCUAUGAAAAGUAACAAUAAAAUAGUUUUUAACAUUAAACCACAAUAUUGGAAAUUCAAAGAAAUGAUAAAAGAUUUGGAACAUGUUGGUUUUCAGGCAACGGAUGAACGCCUAAAUGCGCAUGAGAUCGUUAUGAAAAACCUUUAUCCUCCUGGAAAAGUGAGCAAUAUAAUUUGCUCAUAUUUGUCAAGUACAUCAUGUAUAUUGAGAUGGCAACAGCACGCUAAUAAAUACACCGUUAGUAGACAAGAAAGUAAAAGUUUAACCUGGAAUAACUUAGCAACUAACAUUUCUUGCAAUCAAUACAUCGUUGAUGACAUGGAAAUUGGUGAAUCGUGCAAGUUUUGUGUUGUUGCUAAAAAUCAUCUUGGUGUAUCUGAUGACAGCACUGUGUCUUAUCGUCACGAACUUCCAAACGUCAUGGGUGUCCAAUUUAAAGAUAUCGUGGAAAUUAUUAAAUCUAACGAUAUCGAGAAACUGAAAAAAUUACUAUCCAUUCAUCCAAACAUUGUUCACAUGAGAGAUGAAGAUGAACACACACCAUUGAUGUGGACAGUACGGAAGACCGACAAUACAUCAAUGGUGGAAAUACUCAUCUCAUAUGGGAGUGAUGUUUGGGCGGAAGAUAGUAGGAAACAAAACAGUUAUCAUUGGGCUGCAUCAUAUGAUCGUCACACAAUAUUAGAUAUGUUAUGUCGACAUGAUGUAACAAACAUCAACCGUGGAAAUGUUAACAACAGCACACCAUUAUAUUAUGCUGCAGCGCUUGGUUACAUCUCAUGUGUUGAUGUUUUGUUGCGUCAUGAAAAUAUUGAUGUGACGAUCGAAGAUAUAGCUGGAUAUACAGCUUAUGAUUAUGCUGGAGGAUGGAUGAAUGAACAAAACUGGGAAAUAAUAAGACGAAAAAUAAAAGAAUACGAAGACAGGACGAAGUAAAUAUUUCAAAUGAUUUUGUUUUGAAAAACAACAAUCAGUUUGUGAGGCGAGACGGUACUUUAUACAAUUGGAUAUAUUUCUCUUUUGUUAUUUCUAUUUUUAACUUUCUUUCAUGAAAUUUAUUUAUUUUUUAGAUGAGGAACGAGUCCAUUUUUUAGUUUUAUUUAUAUUGUAAUAAAUAUAUUUGUAGUAAAACGUACUGAAACAUUUUUCUGUUCGAUUUUUAUCAAGCCUUGUUUCGUUUAUAUUUCAUUCAGGAAGCGACACAUGUCAAAGGUCACGUGUUUUUUUAAACUGUCUCAAACUUGCCGCAUGGUGCAAUGUAGAGUGAAUCUUAUUUAUUACAAACGUGAACUGAUAUACUUUCUCAACCUCGUCCCCAAGUCUUGUUAGGCCUUUAUAUUUUGAAGGCCCUGGCUGGUCACGUGACGACAGAAUACCCACGUAUAGUGGGUAUUUUGAAAAUAAUUAUUUGUCUCGCUCUUCCAAAAUAUACACAAGCAGUCGAGAAAAAAAUGAAAGAACUGACACAAUUAUUUAGAACUAGUCGUUGCCCGUGGAAAAAUCCACGGGUUCGCCCGUCCUUUAUAUUUACCCGUCGCAACAAAGUGGAUAAAAAUAUAUCGCAUUUGAUAUUCGUGUUUCCGUAACAUCAUUUUCUAACUCAGCGGGGGGUCCGAGCAGAGACAGACAGACGGAAUACGGCUAUUAUAAUAGAGAUGGUUAAAAUAAUAUUAAUAAGAAAAAAAUAUAUAUAUAUUUUUAUAUAAAUAUUUUUAUAUAAAUAUUUUUAUAUUGUAAAAAUUAUUUUUAUUUAUUUAUAAUAACAUUUUUUAAUGUAUAAAAGAACUGUUAAUAAAUAUUGUAUAAUAUAUUAAACAUUUACACUUG